AUGACAAGAACUAAACCCGAGGCUGACUUUGCCUUCUUACAAUUUGCUGCUCCUGUUCUACAUCCCCCUGAUACAUCUAAGAGGUUCUUCAUUGAAGUCGAUGCCUCCUCUGCUGACCAGACUGAAGAACCUCAGGAAAUCAUUGACAAAAACAUUGACCCAAAUUGUCUGAUUUCUGUUGCUCUUGUUCUGAUGAAAGAUAUUCUCCCAGGGAAGACCCGUGUCCCCUCAGCGAAGAUAAGGAAAAUGCCCACAUGUGGACAUAGUCCUAAGUGUGCUGAGAUCCGUAAAAAUUCAAACAACGAGGGGAGCUUUCAGGUCAGACUGGGAGAACACAACAUCGCUACCAGUGAAGGCACCGAGCAGUUCAUUAACUCCGCCAAGGUCAUCAGACAUGGAAGCUACAACUCCAGAACCCUGGACAAAGACAUCCUGUUCAUCAAGCUGGCCUCUGCCGCCACCCUCAACUCCUACGUCAAGGCUGUUGGUCUGCCCACUGGCUGCGCUUCUGCCGGAACCAGUUGUCUGAUCUCCGGAUGGGGCAACACCCUCAGCAGUGGAACAAGCAUGCCCAACCUCCUGCAGUGCCUGAACGCCCCCAUCCUGACCGCCUCCCAGUGUAGCAACGCCUACCCCGGAGAGAUCACCGGCAACAUGAUCUGUGUUGGAUAUCUGGAAGGAGGCAAGGAUUCCUGCCAGGGUGACUCCGGUGGACCCGUGGUCUGCAAUGGACAGCUCCAGGGUGUUGUCUCCUGGGGAUAUGGCUGUGCCCUCAGGAACUAUCCUGGUGUCUACACCAAGGUCUGCAACUACAACUCCUGGAUCUCCAGCACCGUUGCCGCCAACUAAACAUCUACGUUAUUAUAGUUGUUUGUGUCUUUCUUUUGCUACUUUAUUGUCAUUCACCUCGUUGUAGUAAAUACAAUUUUUAUUAAAA